GCACUCAGGCCUGUCAUGUGCAGUGUUUCUUUUGUGAGGGGGCCAGCUCGAUAGGGCGCAGAUUGCAGCCUGCACGAUGGCGCUUCUGCCCUGAGAGCACGUCAGGAACCUAGUUGGUGGCUUCGCCUCAUUCGAGCUUGUGCUUGAUCAAGUGGUCAACCAAUCGAUGCACUUUCUACUUCUCUGAAGCAAGUGCUCGACAUCGUCGUGAUGGAACCACCGCUGUAUCCAGGCAGGUUUGGCAGCUCCCCAGGCUCGGGCGUCGGUUUUGCCGGAAGCAGUGACGCUUCCGUGAUGGGGACAAACGACGACGCGACAGUGAGCAAAGCGUCUUGCACAAAGAUGGGGUACGUCAAGGAUGACUUUGUCAAGUACUUCAUCAAGCGCUUCACCAAGCGGGCUCCAGUGAUCAAUAGAGGUUACUAUGCGCGCUGGGCAGCUGUCCGGAAGCUGCUUCACCAGUUCCUCACAGCAGCACCGUCAGAAAACCCGAACGUGCCCGUGAAGAAGCAGGUCUUGUCUCUGGGGGCGGGCUUCGACACAACCUACUUUCAGCUGCAGGCGGAAGGCACUGCGCCAGCGGUCUACUACGAGGUCGACUUUUUGGAGGUCACCAGCCGCAAGAUGGCGGCCAUUGCGCACCACCUGGAGCUGUGCAACAUCCUGCCAAAAUAUGCGCAGGUGCAGAAAGAUAAAGGCGAGGUGCGGAGCAGCAACUACAACCUGGUAGCGGCGGACCUGCGGAACGUCUCCAGUCUGGAAGAGGCGCUGAAGGGGGCCGGCUUUGAUCCUAGUGUCCCGACCCUGAUUCUGGCGGAGUGCGUGCUGAUCUACCUGGAGGCCAAGGACAGCGAGGCGCUCAUCCGGUGGGCGGGGGACAAGAUCAAGACGGGUGUCUUCGUCAUCUACGAGCAGAUCCGGCCGGAUGACGCGUUUGGGCAGCAAAUGAUACGGAAUCUCGAGAUGCGCGGCUGCCCGCUCCUGGGCAUCGAGGCCACGCCGACUCCGGAGGCCAAGAAGCAACGCUUCCUGAACGCGGGUUGGCAGAGGGCGGAGGCUCUCGACAUGGAUGCCAUCUACACCCACCAUCUGGCCAAAGCGGACGUCCAAAGGAUAGAGAAGCUCGAGAUCUUUGACGAGUUCGAAGAGUGGCACAUCAUGCAGGAACACUACUGCAUCGCGCUUGGCGUGAGUGACUAUCACCAGACGGGGAUGUUCGAUAGGUUUGGAUUUUGGCCGACCCCAGCUUCCCCAAGGACGCAGCGGAGAAGUCCAGGCACGCCACGGACUCCAGUCGGGGACUAGGAUCCGUCCAGCAGGCUUCAUCCUGUUUGCACCAACAUCAUUGCCGAAAUUUGCUGGUUUUUUGCGAGCGAUCCUUGUAAUUUCGUAACCUUGUGCGAUACUGAACUUCUUAACCAUGUUUCACUAGAGGCAGGGCUUUGGCUGGAUGCUAAGCAAAGUCUUCUUGACAAUGUAAAAGAAACCUAUGGUCACAACAAAAAUGGCCGUUUCAAUUAUCUACGCAACCAUCUCCCAACCUUACAACCUCAUAUGCAUCUCGACCUUGGAAGAACUCUGCAAGCCCAGUGCACAACUCGCAGGU